UUAAAUUUCCAUGAUAGCACAUCCAUACUUAGGCGUGGCACAGUUAUACAAAAUCACACAAGAGCUUAAUGCACUCGAGAAUAUUGGUUGACUAAUGUUAUUUACACUUACGUCCGAAAGACAUAAUUAGAUAUUUUAUUGAGUAACGCUAGCUUCAAAUUUAAAAAAGGUCAACAUGACGAUUCUAGAAUCAUGCUGGUCCCCAUUUAUUUGGACAAACGACAUCAAAACUGGCUGCAAAGCUAUUGCAUUUUAUACAGUGGCAAUCAGUAUAGUGCUAGCAACUUUUGUUGUUUACAACAUGAGCGGCGGCGAGUCAACCCAAUUGUAUAAUCCACUAUUUGAAGCUGAUGUCAGGUUAUCGAUGCAAGUGGUCGGAGCUUUCUUCUUAUUAUAUUUCUUCAUGCUGAUUAUAAGCGCGUUCAUAAUGAUUCGUGGAAUUCAUUUAUGCAUACGAGGAAUGCUCUUACCAUGGCUGGUUCUGUGGUUUCUCGCUUGCCUUUUCCAAUUGAUUUUUGGCUUGUGGCUGCUCGGAGGAUACUACAUUUAUCUCCAAUUGGUCUUCGCUACUCUCUGCAUUUGGCUCUGGAUGGGCUAUAACAUUUACUGCUGGCUCUGCGUCUUCAGUAUGUAUAGGUUUUUCGCAUUGGCUCAGUCUCCGCAUAUUGAGCUUCUGUGGCCUUGAUUAAAAAAUUGACUUUUUAUAGCUCGAGCUAUUCUCAGUCCAUAAUUUGAGUAUUGACUAAUUUUGAGAUUAGUGCCUUAGGUCAAUCAUUAAAUUGACUAAAAACUAACAAUCCAUAUCUUCUAUAAGAGAGAAUGGAAAGGAAGUUAAAAUUGAUCAUUUUAGCUCGUUUUUUAUGAUAGUAUUUAACACGCAAUCUCAUUGAUCACAUUUUUUUAAAAGUAAUUGAAAAAUAAGAAAAAAAAUGAUAAAUAGUGACCAAAGACUGAGAAUAUUUUAAAUCAAGACUUCCGUCCAAUUUUGGUCUUCGUUUUUUACUUUCAACUCGUAGUUUCACUACCUAUAGGAUAGGAAAACAACGCAGUUUGUGCAUUGCAAAAUAAUUUGCACAUGAAAAAACCGCCAAAACAUUUUUAUUCACCAUGUCAUUUUUUAUUAUGAGAGCAAAAUCGAUAAUUGUUCAAUAAUCCGAGCCUCAAGUACAAUCUAAUAUUAAUAUAAAUAUUGUACGCUUUUUUUAUUAUAACAAUUAUAUGUUUUUAUAAUCUCCGUGCCUUAAUUACUAUUUCACGUACGAUUAUUGUACUGGAAUACUUCAGAUAGAAAACCUUGUAUAUCAUCGUCAAAAAUAAUGUGACUCGUUAUUUUUUCUACGUUAUCUGAAAAAUGACUCGCGAACCAAUGUAUACAAAUUUUUCAAUACAGUAGAAAACCACUUUCUUUCUCAAUAAGAUAUUCGAAACUUA